CGCUUAGCCCCGCCCAGAGGAGCAAGGUGGAGGGGCGGGGUGUCGGCCUCUGUAAAAGCCGCGAACCCGGCCCGGGGGGCCCCCCCAUACGCCUCUCGGAUUCUGCACCCGGAGCGCGCGCUGCACCGGCUCCAGGGUCUCUCUGCUCCCCACCCCCGUCCGCGGUGGUGCAGAAGCGGCGCGAGCUCGGUGCAUCCCCCACAGCGCGAGCCUCCCUCCGCCCCGCGCGCGCGCACCCCCCCGCCGGCCUCCACGUUCCAGGGCGAGGUUGAUUCGGUCGCGUCCGGCGUCUCGCGCCCUUUUUUUUUUUUUUUUUUUUUUCCCCCCGGGAUUCUGCAGCCCCGGGGCCUCGCGCGCGCGCCCCGGCUCCUGCUCCUGCCCCCGCCGCCGGCUCCUCCCCAGCAGCAGCAGCAGCAGCAGCAGCCAUGAGCGGCUGGAGCUCCUACAUCGACACCCUCCUGGCGGACGGCAACUGCCAGGACGCGGCCAUCGUGGGCUACAAGGACAGCCCGUGCGUCUGGGCCGCCACCCCGGGCAAGACGCUGUGCAACAUCACGCCGGCAGAGGUGAACAUGCUGGUGGCCAAGGACCGUAGCAACAUAUUCAUCAACGGGCUGACGCUGGGGGGCCAGAAGUGCUCAGUGAUCCGGGACAACCUGCACGUGGAAGGGGAGUUCACCAUGGACCUGCGGACCAAGACCACGGGCGAGACCCCCACCUACAACAUUACAGUCUGCAUGACCAACAAGACGAUAGUGCUGGUCAUGGGCAAGGAGGGCGUUCACGGUGGCUGCGUGAACAAGAAAUGCUUCGACAUGGCCAGUCACUUGAGACGUUCGCAGUAUUGAUGCCGGCCUGGCACUCCGCUGCGGUACUACUGAUGCCCAUGCUGGCAGGGACCACCCAGGGCCCUGCCCCCCCGCAGGGGUGCACCCCACCCCGGGCCUGGAGCACCCUCUAUUCCUCGCUUUCGGAUCUCGACUCUGGCCCACCCUGUCUCUCCGCCAUCUUUUCUAUCACAAAAAUCCUCUUGGUUGCUGCCAAAUUUUUUCUGGUU